AUGGAGUCAUCUAGUGAAGAAAUGGAGGAAUCAGUUGAGCAGAGAGAGGAGAGAGAGGAGGAGGAUGAAGAGGAAGGAGAGGCAGUGGAUUUAUCUGAGUUUCAGGCUCCUUCUUUGCCAGUCAGCUGUGGGUCUGUCAGUGGGGUUUUAUUCAAAAGCAGAUUUGCUUCAGGUACGCGGGGUAAAAGCAUCCGUACGGAGGAACGUUGGUUCACUCCAGAGGAGUUUGUGAAGCAGGAAUUAACUCUGACAGAUGGGUGCUGGAAAAGAGAUAUAAAAUGUCACAGCAAAACAUUAAGCGACCUACUUCAGAAGAUUCUGAAGGUGCAUUCACUGCUGUGCAAGUGUGACCUCUGCAGUCCUACAGAGCAGGAGCUGCUGGAUCAAGAUAACGAUGAUGAGUGCUUCAUCUGUAACUCUGAUGGACAUUUGGUGUGUUGUGACGAGUGCCCCCGAGCUUUUCAUUGUCACUGCCACAUUCCAGCUCUACACAACAACACACUGGGUGACAAGUGGAUGUGCACUUACUGUGUGCUGAAGAAUAACCAACAUUGGUUGCGUCACGGAACCAUGACUGAAGAACAAGCUUUGGAUUGUCCCGUUUCUCAGUACAUCCUGGUGCGUAGGUACAGGGACUUCAUCUCUGAGCCCAUGUGGUUGGACAGAGUGAAGGACAAACUUCACAGUCAAAAAUAUGAAACACUGCGACACUUUGUGUCUGACAUCAGUCUCAUCUUCCAGAACUGUACCACCGUUAACAGGGAUAAUCAUUUGAUAAUAAUGAUGGGAUCCACACUAAGCCAGAUGUUUGAGCGGGAGUUCAAAACCAUCUUUAAUAUCCAAUAGUAUCUUUCCUCAGUCAGAAGCCUUCAUCUCAUAACAUAAAUAACAGGGCAUUUUCCUCUAGGAUUUGUUAUAUGAAACUAAUCUUUCUAAUUUAAUCCUGUUUGCUGUGGUCAUAUUAUCAAAUGCUGAACAAACGUAUAUUCAUUAUCAUAUUUCGUAUAUAUGUGUAGGUGUUUCUUGUAAUUCUUUUA